GCAGUAUUUUGACGUGUCAGAAGAAAAAUAAAUAUUCAGAGAAAAAAUUUUUCAAAGUGAAUUUUUGUUACAAAAUUAUGUGAUAAAUCCGUGAAGGUGUUGCAAAUUGUGGAUCACCUGUUCUCCCCGUGAGGGACUUGUGAUGUGGUUGCAGUGAAAAGUUGCAUAAAUACUGUGAAAAUCAACAUGUUCCGCAUAGAGAGCUACAUAACUCCCAUCAUCCUCAGUCACAUUGAGAAGUAUGUGAAGAAUAUCCGGCCACAGGAUGCUCAGCUAUCGCUGUGGAAUGGUGAGUGGGCUUUUCAGAAUUUGGAUUUGCGGCUCGAUGUGCUGGAGGAGGAGCUCAAUCUGCCCUUUAGCUUCCUCUCUGGGCACAUCCAUGAGCUCAUUAUUCGUGUCCCGUGGACGAAGAUUGCCUCCGAACCUGUCAGCAUCACCAUCAAUACGAUUGAGUUUGUGGUGAAGCUGCGUGAUCCCGAUGCAGCAGCAGCAGCACAACCAAAGGAGAAGGUGCGCAAGAAACCGCCAAAGGAUGAGGAGGUCCAAGCACCCCCGGGGUACAUGGCCAGCCUGGUGAAUAAGAUUGCCAACAACAUCUCCGUGCAGUGCCACAAUAUCAUCUUUAAAUACCUCGAGGAGGACAUUGUGAUGUCCAUGAACAUCCAAUUGCUCUCCGUGGAUUCAGCUGACUGCGAUUGGAAGCCAACUUUCAUUGAUAUCUCCCCCACGAAGGUGCUUCUGCGGAAGAUUGUUAAAAUUAGCGAUCUCACCAUUUGCCUGGACAAGAGGAAUGAAACGGGAAUCAUUGAUGUGUGCCAAGAACCAAUUCUCUAUCGUUGCUCAAUGGAAAUGCGCUUCCUUCGACGCUACAACAUUUCAACUGCUCACAAAUCCUCGGUGGUACGCGUGGAUGUUCACACGGAGUGCAUUGACCUCAAUAUCUCAUCCCUGCAAUUCCCAAUGGUGAUGCGUCUCAUGAAUUUAAUGCUUGUCCUCAAGCAGGGGAAAUUGAAGGCAAAACAUGGGUUGAAUUCCGCGGGAGAAGCAAAUCACGAUGCCGAUCAAGCGGAUGACGAUGGUCAGUCAAUUUUUUCAUGGGCCUGGAAUCUCCUUCCAUCCAUUUUCCCCGAUGAAGAGCCCACAGAUGGUGAUGAAGAUGGUCGUGGGCAUGUCUUGCACUGUGGGGCCUACAUAGAUAAAUUGAAGAUCACAUUCAAAAAUCAAGAGAUCAUCAAUGACUCCAUCGUCCACACGACGAAGAAGAUCAAAUAUAAACCCAUUUUAGCCAUUGAGCUGAGUGGAUGCUACAGUGAUACCAUCAUUGUGGGCAAUCGAUGGUUCUGCAUGACCGGGGGAUGCACAGCCAUUGAGAUUAUGCCAAUUGGGGAAUGUGUUUGUGGGCAGCGACAGCUCCUUGCGGGAUUCGUCACAUCAGCAACCAAUGGGGGGGAAUCGAAGUAUCUCGUGGGAUCACUAAAAGAUCCCACAGCGGAUGAAAAUUUGGGCAUUCAGAAGCCCUACAAUAUGCUCUGGGACUUCUACUAUCUCCGGCACACGGAAAAGAGCCUCCUUGAGAAGACUCCUGCCUUUGCCUUUGACAUGGUGCACACUGUUGAGAUUCCCGAUGAUGUGGCCAGGAGUUCGGACAUUGGGAGUGAUUUGGAAUUUAGUGAUUUGUCCGAAAGGUGCCUCUACAGAGGAUUUUUGGGGCCCAUUGUGCUUCGCUAUGGUACCGGGAUGUCACAUCUCAUUGAUACCUUCCGUAGCUAUGUUAAUCUCUACAAUUACACCCCGUACGUCGAUGAGAAACCUCCACUGAGUUUUACCCAACUCGCUCCAGCUUCAACGGAUGACUACGAUGCCCUAAUGGUGGAGAUUCCCUUUAGGAUCAUCGAGAUGACAAUUCAAGCGCCAAAAAUUGAAUUCUACACGAGAGAUCACGAAAAGCUGCCAAGGGGUGUGAGGAAGAAGUAUUCCCUGCCCCAGAGGCAAGACUCCAUUCCCAUGGGCAUUGCAUUGGAUGCGAAUUUCGUCGUAAAUUGCGAUCGUUUGGAGGGAAAAAUGAUCAGUCCAAUGUAUCCAAAUCGAUUAGUUCACACCACAUGUCAACUUCCUAAUCCCCCAGAGCAGCUCUUUAGUGCUUGCUACGUGAAAAUUUAUGGGAAUGCCACGAGAGUUAGUUUAAUUGUACAAAAGGGAGAUAUUCACGAGGAGAUUAUCAAAAUUCCCACGAUAAAUUACCUCUAUUCGGAUCUUUUGCUUCCAGAACUCUGGGAGAAUGAUGAGACAUUUCACAGCACAGCUGAAAUUGCAUUCUCCAGCAUUGAAAUGUCCUUCAAUAGACUCCAAGAGCUUCAUCUGCGUACAUCCUUGAGGGAUCUUCUGGCUGAAUGCCAUCAAACUGAUCCUCCGGAAGAAAUGUUUGAUUCCAAUCUCCCCAGAGUACUUUUGAGCUUGUCAGGACUCAGGAUGACGGUCAGUAAGACACGAUGUACAAGUAUUUUUACGGGGAACUUGCACUCUGUGGCUGGGGCUGUGAAGAUCCCAAAAAUUGGCCACGAAAGUCCGGUAAUUUGUCAAAAUGAAAAGGAAGCAUUUGCAAUGGUUGUCCUGCAGAUUUCACAAAAUUCCAACAGGGUUGUUCAUCAACCUGUUGUCUCCUUCCAAAUUGCCGGGGUGACGAUCAAUUUUGAUCCUUUGCUCUUUGAAUUCUUCACCUAUCAGCACACAAAGCACGAAGCAGCAGCUGCAGCAACCACAAAUAAAUUCGAAGGAGUUCUCCCAUCGACUGAUACACCAAAGAAAAUUGUUUCAGAAAAAAUCCUCAAACGACCACCACCGCCAAAGAUUCUGGAAACUGUGCACAGCAGUUCGGAGAAGAAUACCACGAUUGUCUUCAGCAGGAGGAAGGAUUUGCCAAAGAAGCAGGUGAGUCAUGUUGAGAUGUAUUCAAUGUGGAAGAGUCUCCUCAUUGCUGGUGAAGUGAAAUCCUCAAGAAUCCUCUUCCCCCGAGGAAGUUUGAAGCGUGAAUCGGAGAGUCAAUCAUUGGAGGAGCUUUUGCAGCAAAGCACCUUCCACAGAGUCAUCCUGCAGUUCCCCUCAUUGACUGUUCAAUCGUCCGGAAGUAAAAUUUCAACGCCACUCGCGAGAGAAAAUUUCCCAAUUUCCCUGCCGUGGGAUAAAGAUCGUGACACAUUCCCAUGGAGUUUAGUUUUAGCGGAAUUCUCAUGUGGGGUCAUGGAGAAUGGGGAGGAAUUUGUGUGUCUCUUCCCAGGAAGGACGAAUGUCUCCUUGGCCAUAACCUACAAAACGGCGGAAGUGGAGAAAUUGGAAAAUCCCUUUGCUGCAGUUUUUCACAUUGACAUCGCACCGAUUGUGCUGAAAAUCAGCGAGAAUCACGUAAAGCUCCUUUUAGAUACACUAAAGAACAUCCUGUCACUACCACCAAUUGCGGCGCUCCUGCAAUUUGAGGAAGCACCACCGUGUAAUUUAGAAAUAGCUCAGAGACCCAUAAGUCCGGAAACGGAUGUGGAUCUCAAGGAAUUUCUCGGGAUGAAAACAACAUCAACGCACGAUAUGUCUAGUGACACAACGGAAGUCCUCAAAGAUGAUCGAAGUAUGGCCAAGAUUUCCAUCUGGCUCCAGUGGACCCUCACGCGAUUAACGCUAAAAUUCUACAAUACAUCCCGUGGGAAGAAGCAGAAAUUCGAACUGGAACUCGAGGAUAUAAUAUCGAGUGUUGAUCUGCGUGAUAUCUACGUGAAGUUGAAGGCAAAAAUUGGAUCUUUUGUUGGGAAUUCCUUCCUCCAUGAUGAAGUGAAAGGAUGGCGAAAAGAUCCAACAAUGGGAAUAUGCGGAAGAGCCACUGAAAGUUCCGAUCCCAAUGAUACAUUCCUGGAUUUGACGGUAACUAAAGCCGAAACGGGGAAUGUUCACACAAAAUGGGGCACAUCGAAGAAGAAUCGUAAUCUGAAUGAUAGUUUAGUGGAAGUUAUGGUGAAUAUGCAGCAGAUUGAUGUAAAGGUGGAUUUGGAUGCUCUUCAGAGUUUUACGGGUGUGCUGCAGAUUCUUCUUGCAAGGGAGGAAGGAUCAGCGUCAUCGGGACGCGAGGUGGGUGUUUUGAGUGUUGACAGUAUGCCAUUGAUGUAUUUCCAAAGUAAAGGCUUCCGGAUAUUUAUUCCCAUUGAGAAUGGGGCGGAAAAUUGCAAUGUCUACAUUGUGAAAGUUGGACAGGUUAGUGUGAGUCCGGCUGUUGAGAAUCCCCUGUCGAGAAUGCCCGUACGUCCGGACAUUUACACCAAAGCUGCCCAAUUGAGAAUUCUCAAUAUUCCCGGAUCAAAAAUUGAGGAUCGACAGUAUGAAUUGAUGCUGAAGAGUAUAACGAUUGGAACGGGGAAUUGGGGUGAGGUGAUUGGAUUGAUGGAAGGCACGUCCGAAGGAUCAAUUGUCUACAAUGAGAACCCGGCUUUCGUGUGGAAUAAUCAAGCCAAUAAAACAGCCGUGGACAUCAGUGCAAUCUUCAAGGAUUUCAAUUGUUCCCUAGUCUAUGCUCCAUGUAUUGUCUUCAAUAACAUCCUCGUUUGUGGGCAAGGAGUAGAAUUCAAUUCUCUCACAGAUCUGAUCUUACAUCUGAACACAAAUCAACUGAGAGUCACAUUAAUCCUCCUGAAGAAGCUCCAAGCACUUGGGGAGGCUUUUACGCGUCCAAAUGUUUGCGAGAAGAGGAGGAAAUCCGUUAAAUUUCCUGUGAAAACUUCCAAAUUGAAGAGGAGCCAAGAGAAAUGUGAAUUAGACAUUAAAGAUUCGGGCUUUGAGUCCAUUGAAGUGGAUAAGAAAUCCUCCAUUGAGGCGAUUAAGGACAAAACGCUGAACAAAGCAGUUGUUCCGUAUGAUUUAUCUUUUGUCGGUGGUGUCUUCACGAUAAAUCUAUACCAUCAGCUAACACCUCAAGCCACGGUAUCAGUAUUCCAGCCAAAUCUCUUCAUUACACAAGGUGUCUAUGAGAAAACCAUCCAAAUGAGUGUGUAUGACAUGAAGGUAGCCUGCAUGAGUGAUCAGGAAGGUGCGCAACAGGGUAAAGAUGAAUUCAACGAGGUGAUAUUUCACACGACUAAAGGUGAAUUGGAUGCAAUGGGAAUUCCUCCGUCAAUUUUUAAAGUUAAACUUCAUCAAAAUAUUUCAAAUGAAUCCACCCUUUCCAUCCAACUUGGGCGACAUAUGAAAGUUUCCGUGUCAGAUAAGUCCCUGAAGAAGAUUCUGGAGUUGAGGAAAAUCUCCCAGGACAUUCUCAAUGAAGAUUUCUUGGCUAGAACAGAUUCUUCGGAUAGAAUUGGUGCAAUAAGGAAGCCAGCGAAUGCAAUAAAAUUCAUCAAGGUGUCCAUUUUGGGAUGUGAGAGCCUCCUUCUGACGCUCUCGCACGUGGAAAUGCUGGCUAAAGUGGAUGAGAGCACAGUGAGAGUAAUUGCAAAGGAUUUAUCGACGAAAAUUAGGCUCUUCGACCGACCGUCGAGAGCUCAAUUUGAUGUGACUCUCAAGAUUCUGACAAUAAUGACAAAGCAAUAUACCUUCCUCCAUCCAACUUCUCUCACCUUCAGCACGAAUCUUAUUCGAGAAAUUUGGCAAAAGACUCCCGUGUGCACGUGCCAUUUCUCCACAAAAUACAUUCAAUUGGACGUUGGUCCGGAGAAUUUGCUCGCUUUUGGGAAAAUUCAUGAAUCCCUGAUGGAACAGCUGAAGGAAUUCAAUGAAAGUCAUCAAUGCUCUGAAGAAAUGUUGCGGGAAAGUUUCCAAGAAACGCAGCAAUUGCACAACAUAACACCGAUUAAGGUGCCCAAAUUCUCCGGGAAAGAUGAUGCAAAAGUAACGGAAGAACACUACAGGGAUGAUCUCCGGGCUGGAGCUUUUCAAUUCAUCGAAGUGCACCACAAUGAAGAGAAUCUACCGCUGCCUUAUCAAAUUCAGAUCAUAAAUCGCGAUGUGGGCAUCAUAUGUUGGCGGUAUCCUCAACCUAGAGCUCUCAGGAAGGUUGAUGUCUUCCCAGUUCCUUUUCCGACACUGUCUCCCGUUGAGAUUCGCUGCACAAUGGAAUACUAUUCGGAAGCCCAUGGAGAUUUCCUGCACCAUUGCGAAUUCUAUUUGUCGGAGAAUGAGACGAAGACACUGGAUGUGCCCAAAACACGCGUAACCGCGUCUAUUUGGCGUGUUGUAAUGUCCAGCCCAAUGGUAACGGUUGAUGGGACAUUCUUUGAGGAGGAAAGUUCAUCAGCUGAGGAGGAGAGUCUCCUUGUGAAUCGUGAACCCUUCAUCUACAACAUCAACGACAUUCUGCAGCGUGUUGAAACAACUGGCCCGGGGAAUGCUUCGGUAUUCAAUCUUCAUCCGAAAAUUCUUGUUGCAUGCCUGAGAAUUGAUUCGGUCUUUAGUCCAGCAUUAAUACCCAAUUUACGGGCAUGCAUUGAUAUUGCUCACAUUGACAUUAAUGUCAUGAAUCACAUCCCUGUGCGUCCCGUGAAGGUACCCACGGUGAUAAAGGAUUUCAAUCCAACAGGUGGCAUCACCCCAUGCCACUGUGUUGCUUCCCUGCGUGUUCUCAGUGCGAAAGCACACGUGAGUAUUUUUGAUGAGUGGAAUCUUUCCUUGGGAAUGGAUUUGAUGGCUGAGCUCAAUGUGUUGGACUACAGCUACCUCAUAAGCUAUCCUGUGAUUGAAAAUACGCGAAUUUGUGUGGGAAUUGAGAAGAAUACGGAUUCAGUGGCUGUGAAUGCAAUCUCUGAACCUCUCCGGAUGCGAUUUGGGCCCGCAGUUGGACAUGCCCUAAGCACAACGCAAUCUCUGUGGAGUCAAACACUUCAACGUGGUGUGGAUCCCAUGGAGAUGGUUCUUGUAACGCGCUACCUCAUUUGCAAUGCCACAAAUGUCCCCUUGAUUUUCGGGCAGGUGGAUACGGAUGAGAAGAUCUCGUUGCCGCCAAAAGUUUGUCACCUCUAUGUGUUCCGGAGUGAGAAGAAGGAGCAAAAGCUGGAAUUUGCCGUUGUAUGUGAUGCACAACAUCAAUCGGAUGCAUGUGAAAUUUCCCAAGAAGGUAUGCAAUUUGUAAAGCUAAGCAAUGGUGGUGUGUUGCUGGUGAGCACUGAGAAGAUUUCAUCGACACAGCGGAAGAUCACGCUGAAGGGACAACUGGAGAUGUUUAAUAUGAGCUCAGAAGCAUUUGUGGUUCAAUUGAAGAGUUCUGAAUUUCUCACGGAUAUCUUCUUGCCCGGCCGGAAGACUGCCAGUGCUCUCAAUGUCUACCCAAAUGGGGAAUUCCCUCAAGCACUGCGAGUGAGAUUUAACAGUGAUGGAGGUGAAUUCACGGGGUGGUCCGGGGAGAUUCCACUCAAGUCAACGGGAAAGAAUCUCCCGUGGCUCGUAAAGAUCCCCCUGAAAGGGUCAUUUGUCAGCUUCUGGCUCCGAAUUAUCCGCGAAGAGACUCAACCGCGAAUUAUUGUGGCAGUUUGGCCGCUUUUUGUGCUAAAAUCCAAUCUCAGCAUAAGCAGUACAAUUUAUGAGCCACAAUGUGAUAAGAGUUUUGCCAUACCCGGACGUGGUGCGACGACAGAAUUGAGUUUUCCGGGAACGCAUGAAGAUGAGCACAAUUUGCAAUUUAAUACGAAAUUCAUAUCACCCCAUGGGGAGGAUAGGCGGGAUGUUUUACUCUCAUACCGAGCAAUUGAGAAGAAUGUUAUCUUCCAUGGGAAUUUCAGUGGGGACGAUGUUUCCAAAACAGCCCAGAGUCUCGAGGCAUGUCUCACUGAACCCAAAUCCACCUGGCCAUGUAGUCGUGAUGAGGAGCUAGCGUGCGAUAGGAAGGUAAAGAAUCAAGGGGCAACGGUGCCAAUUUAUAAAUUCUCCGCGAGCCAUGAGAAAUCCAAUAGUUUGAUGUUGGAAGUCUCCUCGUGGUGCCUCUUCAUUAAUUCAACGGAAUUUGAUGUUCGCAUUGCAAGUUUGGAUGAAAAAAUUUCAACAAAUAUCCGAAGUAAUGACAUUGCAAUGCUCUUUGGGUCAGCUGAUCCCCUGAGGAUGCAUUUGGAUGCAAAUGGGGAGCAAAUAGCGCUGCCAGUGAUAAAUUUUACGUGUUGCGAUAGGAAAAUUGGACAAAGUUUGAUGCUUCCGGAUGUGGGAUCUCUCGCACUUGAGGUAGCAUUUGAUUGUGGGGUUAGUAAGAUGCAGCUGACAUCGUUGAAUGAAAAUGCAUCACGUGUGGCAAUUCUCUCGAGUCAUUUUGUCGUUGCGAAUUUCACGGAGUACGACCUGAGGCUCUGGGCAUUUGCAAUACAGAGUCAAGACCGGAAGACACUGAUUAAGCCGAAUGAUGCUGUAAAUGUUGGGAAUUACGCUGUACCCCCGCAGCAGGGUGGACGCAGUGCCAAAGGAGUAGCCCUGACGACUUUCUACGAUCUCUCGCCAAAGAGGAAGAAGCCAGCAAAGAGCUACAACUACUUCAUUGCCAUUCGGUACUCAAAUGAUGGAGAAUUCUCAUGUCCAAUUUAUCUGAAUGAUACAAUUAAUUGCAAAUCCGUGAGUCUUCCAUUUGACAACACAUACAUCCCCCUGAGAAUCUCCCUGAUUAAGCGACAGGAUCACAGCUACAUCAGCAUCCACGAGGAUCCCUUCCCGCGGAUGUGGAUUGAAAAUUUCACAGAGUACAGCCUGUAUGUGGCACAAGCGGACUCAGUUGCUGUCAAUAGAGCACCCGUGGCUGUCCGGGAGUGCUUUGAUCAGCACUUCUCGUGGUACCAGAUUGUUCCGUUCAACACGAAAAUUCCCUAUACACCACCCCAUGUUGAUCGUGCCUUUCCCGAUGAUUCCCCAUCGGAUUUUGGACUUAUUUUUGCCCUUGUUACUGCGGGUACAGCAAUACGAUGGUCAGUUCCGGUGGUGAUAAAUGAGAGGAAGCAUGUCUUCCUGACAAUCCCCCUUUGUGGGGAUCUCAAAGUAUCCGUGGAUACGAGGUGGCGCUCAACGCGCAUCUACAUUGACUACAUUAGUGCAGAUUUGGAAUUUUCUGCACGUGAUAUACGUUCAAGGCUGCUCAAUCCUACCAGAGUCCCUGAGGCGGCGAGCAAUGAAGUGCCUGAUUUCGUUUCCUCGACAAAAUCCACGCGAAAUCCGCAAGAGGAAAUCCCCAAAAUGUCUGUAUCGUGCAAUAUUCUCAUAAAAGAAAUAAACUUUGUCCUCUAUUGCGACAACGAAGGGAGGAAUGGGCAAAAGAAUGAGCUCAUCUCCGUAAGUGUGGACAAUUUGGCUGUGAGAUUUCAAAAUAUCCUCCCUGCCAUGAAGAUUGGCUUUGGAACCGUUCAAGUUGACAAUCAGUUGCAUCUUUCGGGGAAAUUUGAUUUUCCCGUCGUGCUGUGUGCGGAGAAAACUUCACCAGCAUCAUGUGGGAAUCUCUCAACUCCCCAUAAUCUCGCAGCAUUGCUGGCAUCUGGCCAAAUUGGGUAUCUCUGUGAAAUCACUGUGGAUUUCUAUGACAAAGAGUUCAUCAUUAGAGCCAUAAAUUGUCACAUUAAUCCCAUUAAGGCGUACAUUGAGGAUACCUACAUGAAUGCCCUGCUGGACUACCUGGUGGAAUGUUUACCCACAAAUCUCGUCUACAAGUCCCCAGUGGAGAGUUUAAGGGAGACAUGUCCACGAGGGAUUGUUAUUCUUCCCAAUGAGGUUGUCCAUCAAGCUGAUCGUCUGGCAAAGCCCCUGCAAUUGGAAUCAUUGCGCAUUGAUGUCCUGCACGUGCUCCUUUCCGUGCACACGUGUGUCCGUUUCUACAUUGCCCUCGAUCAUAGUCCCCUUAUGUUCUCGGCCUUUGAACGGCGGAACAUUAAUACGCAAAUGAUGCGCCUGGGCUACUCCCUUGGGAUGCACUACCUCUCCGGAGCAAUUUUCGGCGCAGGAUGGGUUGUGGGAAGCCUGGAAAUUCUUGGUAGUCCCAGCGGAUUAGCACGCUCCGUGUCCACGGGGCUGAGAGAUUUUGUCUCUCUGCCCGUUGAGGGGCUCUUCCGGGGUCCGUGGGAUUUCCUCGUGGGCGUCACACUGGGAUCAGCUUCGCUCGUGAAGAACAUCACGGCGGGAACAUUGAAUUCCGUCACGAAACUCGCAACGUCCGUGGCACGAAAUCUCGAUCGUCUCACGCUCGAUGAGGAGCACCUACAGCGAACUGAUGCCCUGCGGCGGUAUCGUCCACAGGGAUUGACACAGGGCUUUGCGCAGGGACUCACGGAUUUUGGGAUUUCCCUUCUGGGCGCCAUUGGGGGCAUUGCGAGGCACACGCUUGAGGCACGAUCAGCCACGGAGGUGUUCACGGGCAUGGGCAAGGGGUUAAUGGGGGUGAUUUUGAAGCCAAUUAGUGGUGCAGCUGAACUUGUUGCCCUCACAGGGCAAGGGGUACUACACAGUGUUGGCUACAAUGCUCUACCCAAUUGUCGUUCACCGGGAUGCUUGAUUAAUGUCACGGGAGCAGCAACGGCGACAAAAAUUGCCUGGAAGAUGCUCCCAUCGACAUUUGCCAAUGAUUCCAUCCUCUUUGCUGCUCAUGUGACACUGAUAACCACAGAACAGGGACUCAGGGCUACCCUAUUGGUGGCUACGAUGAAAAUUGUCACUCUCAUGGAUUUAGCCAGGGAUGAAUUGGUACAAAUUGUACCAAUGGAGAAGGUUCACGUGGAAAUUGAUGAGAAUGAUUCCACCAUUGUGAUAAUUAAGAUUAUGUCCAAAGGAACAAAUGCAGCUGAUGAAGAUCUCUCUGUUAAUCAGUAUCCAAUCCACAGCCGUGUCCGGGAGUACAUUCAGCGAUCGCGUGAACAAUUACCCAUCUAUUCGGAUCAAGGAAGUAUUCAGAGUAUUGAAGAAACCGACGAGGAUCAAGGUAAUGUUGAAAGUUUUUCCUUUUACAUCCACUCCCAUCUUGGGCAGCAUCUUGUCAACUACAUUACCUUCCUUCGGAGUAUGCAAGCAUAAACAUUCCUCUCCCAAAAUCACGUUACAAAAUAAAGAGAAAUGCGGUAGUUUUGUGAGAAAAAAAUG